AAACUCAGGUCAGUGUUCAAUGAACCCUUAGCCUUAGUAGUAAUAGCAUUACGGUCAUUGCUAUUGAGUGGUAAACAUAUGAAAAUUGCCCACGACUUUUCUAUUCCAUAAUGAACACAUUCGCACAAUUGAAAUGUGCAUACAGGAUUUCGUUUUUAAAAGUUAGUUUAGUCCAAACAAUAGACCAAUAUCAUACUCAAUAUCAAUAAGUGAGAUUAAUUACGCCCCUACCUAUCACUAUCUCUAUUAAUUAUAUUCAUUAUCAUUAAUUUUUAUAUUAAGUUUAAGUGAUGUCGAUGUUAAUAUUAUAAAGUUACGAAGUGGCUAUUCAGUGUUGAAAUGUUUUCUAAAUAACUAUUUAAAUUUAAUGAAUUAAAAUUGCGUCUAUUUAUUAAUUUAUAAGUAUUUAAAAUUUAGUAUUGCCUCGUGCCUUCCCACCCCCAGUUCUUGAGUCUUGAUACCCUCGCUGAGUAGCCCUUGCAACCAGUGAAAUAUCUUUUAUUAUAUAAUUUAUAAUUAUUCUAAAUACUAUUCAGAAAUACCAGGCACAGAAACAUCAUGGAUUCCCCUCUACAUGAAAAAGAGCCAGAAUGAUCAGGGCCAUCAUGAUAUAGAAAUAGAAAAAGAAUUAUUUCAAUUAUAUUCCUUAUUUUUAUUAAUCAUCAUUUAAUAUUGAACUUUCUUACUUAGAUUUAGGCGGUCUUAGGAACCAUGACCAUAACAGUAAUCAUUUUAAAAAAGAUUUAAAAUUAGACACCUUUCCCACAAAUUAUACCUAAUGUUCACAUAGAUGACAUUCAUAUUAAUUUAUGUAGUACUGGUAUAUUUAAAGCAAAAAUAAACUUUUGUCUUUUCAUAACCCCUCCUUCUUGCUACCAGGGCCUUGUGAUCAUAUUAUGGAAAAAUUGACUGGUUGAAUCCGUUUGGUUGGGAGCCAACAAUUUUUUAAAAAAUUUUCUGAGCCACCCUGGGGGCCAAAACUUAUUUGAUGAUCAGACUUUUCCUGGAAUUUCCUUUUUUUAAACAGUUCUUUGUUCCAAAACACCCGGAUUGACUCGGAUGACUGGUCACGCUGGACAGAAAAGCCAGAAAAAUAUGGACGUUCCAGGAAAAAACAUCAAUCUGGUUUUCGGCCUCCAUGGUGGCUCCUAAAAUAAAAAAAUAAUAAAACCGGUUCUACCUGUAAAGUUUUCCGGAAUCUGAUACCGGUAUGGCAUCUUUAGAAAGCCCAGGCUGCCAUAUUUGGUUGUGGCAUCUCUGUUGGGGCUCUGCACAUUGUUAGUUAUUUUCAUGAACAUACUCUAUUUAUAAUAUAGUACAGUACCGGUACCACAGGAAUUUUAGCUUUGCAUCUUGAAAAUUAUUUCUUAGUAAUUAAAUGCACUAAAAUCAUAGUGGACGUUUGGAGGUAUAAAUAAAUUCUCAAAAACGAUGAUUUACCCACUACUAUACAGUUGUGCUAGACUGCCAUAUCAGUUAUUUAUAGUUGUGCCAGACUCAUAGAGUACUAUGGAUGGUGGGUUAUUUUACACUAUUUAGACUAUUUACACCGAAAAGAUAUGAUUUGGUUACAAUUAAAUCUGUUUCUGGUUGGUAUUUAAAUGAGCAUUUGAUUUGUCUCAUCACAGUUGUUCUUUUGUAUGUCAGCCUUUGAAAUUAGAGAUUCAUUCUGGGUUAGCCACAGGUCAAUGCUACUCAACUUUACUGAUGAGGGCUGGCCACCAACCACUGUUUCCUUUCCUUGUUAUAAAUAAAUAAAUAAUAAGAAGAAGAAUUUCUUAUUCUUACUCUUUAUAGCGAUUACUAUAAAUAGAUUUAUAAAUUUAUAAUAAUUGUGAUUAAUUAUAAAAUAUUAAACUUAAAUACGCAUAUUUAAUACGCAAUGUCAUACCGGUAUAUAAAUCAGAAAUCAGUAGGCUAUUCGGCCAUUUAUUAUUAGUGAAAACCAAAUUAAAAUUUAAUGUUUUUCAACAAUCUAAAAAUGUGUUUAAAAUCAGUCCCAUUUGAAUAAGAAUAUUUUUAAUUUAAAAAAAGGUUAAAAAAUAUUUUUUAUUCAAAAGGAAAUCAGGUAGAUAUUGUUAAUAUUAAUAAUAAUAAUAGUAAUGUAUCUUUAAAAUUUAAAUUCUUGUAAUUUAAUUAUUCAGACCCAGAUAUUAAGAAAACUGAGCAUGAGUUUAGCAUGCAGAGUAAAUUCACAACAUACUAAAGAACCUUUAACUUUAACAACUCAAGAGGAAGGCAUCCGUACCAUAUGCCUUAAUGAUCCACGAAAAAGGUAAAUAGUAUUUACCUAUUUAUAUCAGAACAGAGUUUCUUUUGUUUGCUGAAUAAAAAGUGGUAAAAGUCAUGUCGUAGUCACUAUUCAAAUAUGAAUGGGAUUUUUUAGGUUUGCAUCCUUAUAAUUUAUGUUAUUAUAUUUGUUCAUAUCGUUAUUUAUUUACUGUAAAUUAAAUAUUUUUCUAGGAAAUUUCUUUUCUUUCAGAAAUGCUUUAUCUCUAGCGAUGCUCCAGUCUCUUCAUAAUGAUUUGAUAAACGACCAAGGGAAAUUGAGAGUAAUAAUCAUCAAAGCAAAUGGAAAUGUCUUCAGUGCUGGACAUGACCUUAAAGAAUUGGUUUGUUAAUAAUUUUUUUUGGUUAUAUUAAGGUGUUAUUUUUUUUCAUUUCAAGGGAAGACAGCAAAUGGUUUAAGUUAAGCCGUAAAAUGUUUGUGAGACCGACCGAAAGUGAUUAUCUGAUUUUGGCCAAAACCUGCCUGAAAGUUUAAAACGAUUUUUGGCCGAAACCAAAUGUUUAACGAGAUUUUUGGCCCAAACAGAAGCCUAGAGAUUUAAAUAUUUCAAAACUCAUUUUCGAAGACAUUCUGUUCUCCACGCAAAAUGAAUUAACAACUUUUGUGGCAAUUUUUAUUUGUCUCUAGUGACUCAUACAAUUUACCAGAAGGAAGUGCAGUGUCACUUUGACCAUCGGUAAGCUACAAACAUCUUAACUACUUUCAUUUAGCCAAUCGAACUUAAUAGGACUUAAACAUUCCCGUUUACCACCCAAAUCAAAUCAGAAUUAACUUUGAAAUAGUCAAUUUACCAUUUUCCUUCAAUGUUAGUCCUUUUAGUUUUAGCUUGUCAUCACACACUCCCACACAUACAUCACCUGAUGGAACAAAUGUAUUUUACCAUUUUUGUAUCUCACUGGGAAUGCUUCUCAAUAACAAUCUAUAUGAGAGAAUUAAUAUUCUGUAACCUUAAUAUUAUAGUUAAAGGGUGUAAUCCAGCCAUUCUAUAAAAAGCCUAAGUGUAUAAUGGUUUAUGUAUUUUACUUUAGGCCAACAAUAUAAAAAAAAAAAAUAGCUAAAGUAGGUUUAUAGUCUUUUAAUUAGCCUUUUUUAAAUCUAUUUAAUAAUAAAUUUUAAUUAAUUGCUAAGGAAAUUUAAUACUUAGCCUACUUAAUGUGUGUCUUUACUUUUAGUCUUAGUGUCUAGUGUUAUUUAGUAUUAUAUAGGCCCUCUGCUAUAAUCCUUAGUUAAAACGAUGGAUAUAACGAUGGACUGAAUACUGUUCAGAGCUGUAUAAUGAAAGUAUAAAGAUAGAUCCAGAGAUCCUUAAUGUCCCUCCAGCAAAAGACAAUGAUAACUACCCUAUUCUCCGUGCAGAAGUAGAAGCAGCAGUCCAAGCACUCCAAACAGGAAAGGCUGCAGGAGCGGAUAAUAUCCCUGCCGAGUUGGUGACACAAGGAGGAGAAGCAAUGAUAAGUGCCCUAAUCAAUAUUUGUAUCAAAAUAUGGCUUACAGGAGAAUGGCCCAAACCAUGGACCCAAUCACUCAUCGUCACCCUUCCCAAAAAAGGUAACCUACAGCUAUGCCAAAACUAUCGCACCAUUAGCCUAAGAAGCCAUCCAAGCAAGGUCGUGCUGAAGGUCACAUUGAACUGACUUAAACCAUAUGCCGACAGAAUCAUUGCUGAAGAACAGGCGGGCUUCAGACAAGGACUCGGCACUACUGAGCAGAUUCUAAACCUCAGAAUACUGUGUGAGAAAUAUGCUUAACACCAACAAAACCUAUACUACGUCUUUGUGGACUUCAAGAAAGCAUUCGACAGGGUUUGACAUGCUGCUUUAUGGGCCACCAUGAGGCACUUCAACAUCAACACAAACCUCACCAGAAUGAUAUGCAACCUCUAUGAUAAAGCAACCAGUGCAGUCUUCCUCAACAGCAACAUCGGAGAAUGUUUCAAGACAAUUGGAGUACGACAAGGCUGCCUGCUCUCCCCCACCCUGCUCAACAUCUUCCUAGAGAGAAUUAUGUCAGAUGCUCUGGAAGCGCAUGAAGGGACAGUCAGCAUUUUUGGCAGAAAAAUCACCAACCUACGCUUUGCGGACGACAUAGACCGACUGGCUGGGAACGAAGAAGAGCUAGCCAACCUGGUAAAGCGUCUCGAUAAGACCUCGUCGUCCUACGGCAUGCUAAUCAGUGCUGAAAACACAAAACUGAUGACAAAUAACACCACAGGCAUCACCACUGAAAUUAAGGUGGGGAAGGAAAGAUUAGAGACUGUAGGCCGCUUCAAAUACCUAGGAGCAAUAGUCUCAGAAGAACUGAUGUCCAGGAUUGCACAGACUACAACAGCACUAAAGAGGCCACAAGAAAAUAUGGAAUGACAAAAAUAUAGCCCCCAGCACCAAAAUCAGGCUGAUGUGCUCAUUAAUCCUCUCCAUCUUCCUGUAUGCCUGCAAAUCCUGGACAUUAACAGCCGAUAUUGAAAGGAAAAUAAAGGCGAUAGAGAUGAGAUGCUUCAGAAGCAUUUUUGGCAUUGCUAUAGAGACCAUAUAUCUAAUGAUACAUUGAAAGAAAGGGUUAGCCAGGCAAUUGGGGAGUAUGAUGACCUACUGGUGACUGUGAAAAAACGCAAACUACAAUGGUAUAGCCACACAAAAGGAAACAAGGGCUUGCCAAAGAAAUAUUGCAGGGCACCGCAAGAGGAGGGAGAAGAAGAGGAGGACAAAGAAAAAGAUGGGAGGAUAACAUCAAAGAGUGGACAGGACUAACACUGGGUGAAGCUGUGCGUAGUGCAGAAGACAGAGAAGAAUGGAGGAGGAUAGUUCACAUGUCAUCUGUGGCGCCCCAACGGUCCAAGGACUAAGGGACAUGAUGAUGAUGAUAUAAUAAUAAUCAAAUGAAUUGUAAAAUUACUGACAUAACAGUCAAUGACUUGUUUAAAAUUGGGUAAUAUAAAAUUAGGCUAUAAAAUGUUUAUUAAAAGACAUUGUUUAGUUUAAUUAAAACUCAACAACAUCAUAGUACCGGGUAAUUAUAAUUUUAUUUUACAUCGAAAAAUAGUUAUUAAUUAAAAUAUUUAAUUUUUCUAAUGAAAUAAAAAAUUUAAAAAAAUGGAAAUAAGUAAUAUUUAAAAAAGAAACUAGAAAUUGAGUAUAUUCAGAAUAAUGAUUAAAUGUAAUUGAAAAAAAAAAUAUUACAAGGGGUUCAUAAUUCUUUCUUGAGAUUUUUGUCCAUACACUUAUAUGUGACUAAUGUUUACAAUUUUAUAUAAUUGUCAAUGAAAACAUUUAUGAGCAUUAUAAUGAUGAAUGUCAAUGAAUUAUUGAAUUGAAUAAUUAUCCCAAAUUAAAAUGAAUGGAAGAAUCAUUUUAAAAAAUGUUAAAGGAAAUGUUGUCAUUCCCUAAGAUUUAUUUUCACAAUACCAUUUACCUUUGACUAUUAUAUUUAUGAGCAAGAUAAUGAUAAAUCAACAUGUAUGUAAAAAAUAAGGUGACAAUCUGAUUUCCGGGAGAAGACCAAAGGCCUCAAUCACUUUCGGCCAGAUGACAGAAAGUCUCAUUCACUUUUGGCAGAAACCAUAACUAUGCCAAAACAGCAACUUUUUGUGCCGAAACAGAAGCCGAAAUUCGGUCGGUCUCUAGUGCAAACGAGUUAUUGUUUUUGUCUAAUAUCAAGAUAUAAUCUUCUACAGUCAGUUUGAAGAUAUGAUUAGAGAUUGAUGUAUGCAAAUAUUUAACAUUUUCUGUUAUUUGCGAUUCCCAUGGGGUGUAAAAAAAAAGAACCAUUUGUGCUUAAUUAAUUACAACAUGAAGUUUAUUCAAGCAUUUAAUAUUUCUGUUGAAUUGAUUGAGGCUCACAUCAAGUCAUUAUUUAUUUCUCUCAGACAAGGGAGAAGGGCAUUGAUUACCAUGAAAAGGUUUUUUCCACCUGUACGAAUGUGAUGAAUCUAAUACAGGUAUGACCAGAAGAAAAGUAAGUGCAAUAAGGUUAACUCCAAAGUGUUUGGUAAAAUGUUUCCCCACUAUCUUUAAUGAAUGACCUUUCUAUGUCAAGGGAGGUAACUGAAUCACGCUAUUAAACAAUUAAAAAACUAUCUAAUACAGGUAUAUGUAUAUUUCAGACCAUUAGUAUAAGUAUAAGCCUCAGCUUUUGUUAAAUUUAACAACCAGGAAAUGUUAAAAAUUUAACAGAUUAAAAAAAAACACCUGAAACUGAAAACAUUUUGCUUUAUUUUCUGAAGGUUACCAUAACAACCCCCCCCCCCUAAAAAAUUUUUUAAAAUAUUUUUUUUACAUUUUAAAAUGCAGCAUAAAUCUUCUUUUCUCUUAAUUGAUAGUGCACAUCAAAUAUAUUUCAGGAUUUGCCUGUUCCAGUUAUAGCACAAGUAGAUGGUAAUUUGACUUUUAAAUUAAAAAUUUUUUGUAUGUUUAUAAUUCAAAUACUUUAAAAAAGAUAUUCCUUGUGCAAAUAUAUUUAAUGUUUAAGUUGUGGUUUUUCUUCCAUUUCUCUCCAGGUCUAGCAACAGCUGCUGGAUGUCAACUGGUAGCCACAUGUGACAUUGCUGUGGCAACAGAAAAAUCCCAGUUUGCUACCCCUGGGUAGGCUAUGGAAAUUUAAAAAAUCUUUAAUGAGAUUAUGAUUAACAUUUGAAAUGUAUCUAUUUGGUGUUUCAUUUUCUUUUUUCAAUAAUACUCUACACAUUUUAUUAAUAUAUAAGAGAUGGUAAUAGUAAUAGUGUAGUUACGUAAAAGUACAUUCCCACUUGGCCUUUGUACUGAGAUUCUCAGAUUUAAAUGAACAUUAUAUUAUUUAUAUAUAGACAUGCUACUUUCUGUAACAAAAAUAUGGCCAGCAAGUUUAAUUUUACAUACACAAUCCUGUCAAAAUUUUCAUCAUUGUGCCUACAUUCUCAUCAACUGACAGGCUUAUUUACAAACUUAAAUUAUUAUUUGUAUAUGAUAGUAGCCCUACCGCCAUGACCAGUGGGCAUAUUUUAUUCUUUAUAGUUUGAAGAUUAACAUUUGGGAAAUAAAUUUAAGGUUGAUUAUUUUUUUUUGGAUUAGAGCAGGGGUCUCCAAACUUUUCAGCCCGAGGGCCGCAUUAACUAUCAAACAGCAGUUUGGGGGCCGACUACACACUCGAGGUCCAAAUAAAUAAGAAUCAAAACAUGGAUGUUGUUUUGAAUUAUUUAGUUAAUAAUAUUUUAUUCAGUUAUUACUUAAUAACACAUUGAUACACUACACAUGAACGCAUGUAUUAGUGGGAAUGGUGAAAUUGCUUCCUGGAUGCCAAAAUAGCAGACAUUUCUGGCUUUAGAUUUGAUGUCCAUAACAUCAACAGUGACCUGAGAUUAUCAUCGGACAAGUUUGUUCUCAAAUUGUUCUUCACAUAAUUAAUUCUUGAAAAUGUUUGUUCUCACGUGUAUGGUGUAUGUUGUUACAAAGAUUGAAAGGUACCUUGAUGCAAAAGUUUUGACAUUAUGAAAGUCUUAAUUUUGGGCAGUCCUUCUUUGAAUUUGUCCAUAAGGAGCUCAUUUGCUUGCAACUCGAUGACCUCCAGCUGCAGUUCAUCAUUGCAAAUGGCCACAUCUACUUCAAAUGGGUUUUGAAACAGUCUCACUUCUUCUGCCUUUGAAUCGAAGUCAGAAAACCUCUGCUGAAACUGCACCUGGAGGUCUUUGAUGAUCUCACAUGCAAAUGACGUGGGGAACUCCGCUGUUGCUUCAGCCAUGAAGAAAUUGGACUGCUUAAAGUGCGUCAAGUUGUUGGCCUGUACUUGCUCCAAAAACAAGAUGAGUUUGGAUCUGAAGGCUUUUCUGUGAGUGUAUAGAUCAGAAACUUGAUUUUCCUCUCCUUGCAGUUUUAGGUUCAGAAUAUUUAAAUGACUAGUUAUGUCUGCAGCUAAGGACAAUUCCCAUACACACUCUUCAUUAGACAGUAAUGCCUAGACACAUAUUUCCUUUCUUAACUUAAAUACUCUGCUCAGAACUUUUUCACAACUUAGCCAUCUUAUUGCUGUGUAAUAUGGUAAAUUUUGCGAUUCUGUCUGUAUCUUUCAACAGGUCUCUGAACUGUCUAUGGUUGAGCCCAUGUGACCUUAUUAAAUUCACCAUCUUCACCACAAGAUUCAGUACACUGCUAAUGUCCACAUGUUUAGCACACAAAGCUUACUGGUGAAUAUUGGUUGUAGAAUGUUUUUCGCAUUACAAAUCAGCUUCACUUGUCCAACCAAGCCUUUCUUUAUGCCACUCAUGUUCUUUCCUCCAUCAACAGUCAGGCAACUGAGGUUAGUCCAGUCCAAGUUAUAAUCAGCAAAUUUUUUUUCACCUCAUUGAAUAUAACCUCUCCAGUAACAGUGCCGCACAUGCUAUGUAGAGAAGCAAGAUCUUGUGUUAUGUUCAUGUCUUCAUCCACACUUCUAGUGAACACAAGCAAUUGAAAAGUGGCGAAACAUGCUUGCAUUUUUCGCUAUUUUAGGUCACAAUGUUUUUACCCAUGUCUGCAUCACGGCGGGCAACAGUAUUUGCACCCAAAGCUACAUGUUUAACUUGUUUUGACUUUUCUGGGCAAAGUUCCCCAGCCACCACCAACAAACAUUCCUUCACUACCACCUGUAAAGGGUUUGCCACUUUUAGGUAGGAGGCAAACACACUGAAAAGUAAUGACGCGAAAGAAAUUAUCACUAAAUAAAAUAAAGUGCAACAUGUUUCGCAAUCAGACGCUAACUAACACAAACAACUCCUCAAUCGCAGUAGUCAACCACAAAUGAACAGGUUAUCCAAUAUCAGCAAGGGGUAAGCACUUAUUAAAACACAAGUCAAAUAACAGAUUGUAGUUUCUGAUCACACACACCAUAUGACUAAAUAAUUUGAUACAUCAUUAAAAAUUCCAGUUGAUGAUGAUUUAUGAUGGUAAAAUAUUUUAAGUUUUAGUUUGAUUUAUUAAUGUCAAUUUAUUUUUCAAUAACCUGGACUCAAAUGGAAAACUGUAAUCAAAACAAGCAGCAAACCGUCUAAAAACUCUGCUACUAGAUGCUGCUAUCAUCUCGUUGACUGUGAACGAAAGUAGAAAAACUAAGCAGCGAGUAAGUUUAUUGCAAUGGAAAACAUAACACUUUACUGCGCGCCUCUAUUUCAAUUCGGUAAAAACAUAGCGUGCACGUAAGUGGUGGCUUAUCUUGGCAGGAUACAUGUUAAAUUCCGUAUUUUUUUCCGUAGACAAAAAGGUCUCCGCGAGUCGCAUGAGAGGGCCUCGCGGGCCGCAGUUUGGAGACCCCUGGAUUAGAGUCACGUCUUGUUUUAAAACUUGGAAUUAUUGUGAACACGUGGUAUGUCUGUCAGUGGAGAUUCUCAAUAUGGAUUCACCUCUAAAAUGUGCGUCUGCAACAAAUAAGCAGUGUGAAAGUACCUUAAAAAGUAUUUUUAGGGGGAAAAAAUGCGUUUGUGUGAGGCAUCCUAUUGUAGGACUUAGAAAUAUAAAUCUUAUAAAGAUCUUUACCAAAAGAGUAUUUUUAUGUUGAUUUAUUUAGAAAGUACAUGUGAAACUAUCUAAUAUAUGUAUAUUUAAACAAAUACGUGCCUUAUUUCAUCACCCAUUCAGAGUAAAUGUUGGCCUGUUCUGUACAACACCUGGGGUUGCUGUUGGUAGAUCAGUGCCUAGAAAGAUUGCUAUGGAGAUGCUGUUAACAGGUUAUCCAAUAUCAGCAAGGGGUAAGCACUUAUUAAAACACAAGUCAUAUAACAUGAUUGUAGUUUCUGAUCACACACACCAUCACCCAAUAAUUGGAUACAUCAUUAAAAAUUCCAGUUGAUGAUGAUUUAUGAUGGUAAAAUAUUUUAAGUUUUUGUUUGAUUCAUUAAUGUCAAUUUAUUUUUCAAUAACCUGGACUCAAAAGUAUAUAUUAUAGAAGAUUUCAUUCAUCUAGAUUCAAUCGCCUUGCUGUAAGUGUGUACAAGUGACAGCUCAGUAUUUUAUUAAUGCUAUUUGGUCAAGUGUUUUGAUCUCAUCACUUUUUUUAAGUUAAAAAAUAUGAACUGUUUCACAAUGUUGUCAGAAUAUUACCAUCCUUUUAAAAAAAAAAAAAAGUCAUAUUUUAAUUAAUCAAAUUUUCACUUCCAGGUUGUUUGUGCAUUAGUAAAUUAUUUUUGCUCUGUUUUUAUUUUAAAGAGGCUCUUCUGUACGGAUUAGUCAGUAAAGUUGUCCCUGAUGACCAAGUGGAGGCUGAGGUAGUAAUAAGCUUCAAGGUGUCGGCUACUUACAAAUGUAGAACAAUAAAAUCUAUUUUUUAAUGCAAUGUAUCAUUACUUUUGGGGGAUAAAAAUAAAGAGUAUGAUUAUGAUAUAAAUCUUUACAAAAAAAAUGAUAACCAAGUUUUUUUUAAUUGCCGUUUUUUGUCUCUUUAAUACUUUUUGUUAUGAUUUAAUUUUGCUUGAUUCUCUGAUGUUUUUUGGUUCAUUCCAAUCUCACAUUUGGAAAUGAAAUCAUUGAGCAGAUAUUUAUUUUAAAAUAUUUUCCUGGUUGACAAAUUUGGGAUUACACUUACAGAAUUUAUUAAAUUUGAAUUCCAAAUGAAAAUAUGAAAUACAAUACUAUGAUAUCUAAAUUAUGUGCCUUUUAUGUAUUCUAUGACAUUUCAUAGAGUGAUCAAGGGUCAGAAACAUUUGAAUUUUGUUGUAAAAUAUAUAUUUUUAGCGUAAGAAAAAAACACUUUAAAAAACAGGUACUCAUUUUAUUGUUAUUAUAACAUCUUAAAAAAGAAAUUUUCAUGUAAAUUAUGAAACUAAAACUGGCUACUUUUACCUCUUUAACUUUCCCUCCAGACAAUGAAGUUGGCUAAACGGAUUUGUGAGACCAGCAAAGAAGUAACUGCACUUGGGAAAAAAGCAUUUUAUUCUCAAAUAAGUCUAGAGAGAAAGAGAGCAUAUAGGUGAGCUAUGCAACGAUCUCAGAGAUAGAAAUUAGUUUUCAAAAUGUUAUAAAUGAAAAAUAAAAAAAUUCACAAAGUCCAUUUAGUACAUGGGAAUUCAUUUUCUUGAAGAUGUUCAGAAAUUGUUUUAAUAAUGGCUCCACUCCUUAAAAAAAAAAAGCAUGAAGAUUUCUGGUGACUAAAGUUGAAAAGUAUUGAAUACACAUAGACUCUACUAAUAUAUUACUAAUACAAACAUUUUAAUCAAAAAAUAUUUGUCUAGUAUUUCAUUAAUUUAUUAACCCAUCUGUGUUAAAAUGCAUGGAAUUGAUCAGUGUUCACAAUAUUCAUAAGGAAUGCAAUUACAAAUUAUAUCCUUUAAAUCAUUUUUAAAGAUCUGAUGUUCUUAAUUGUUGGCCUCUUCAUAUGUUUGUACCAGUAUGCAUACACAUGCAUGGUCGAAACAUUUCUUUUUCUAUAAGAUUUCUCACCUAUAUAAAUUUUUACAAAUUUGUUAAAAUAAAAAUUGAAAAUCUAUAACACAUCUUCAAUGGUCACAGAGCUUAUAUAGUUACUAACAUUCUAAGCAAACUCACAGUAUUCCAGUGUAAUUCAAGUAUCCACAAACCAUCCUGUUAAUGACCACUAAAGAAACUAUCAUAGUCUUCCAGGGUAAUUCAAAUAUUCACAAACUAUUCUGUUUUUGUGUAUUGAGAUAACUUUUUUAAAAAGGAAUCUUUCCUCAGGUUUGCAGAACAAAUCAUGGUGACAAAUCUCACUCUGGAUGAUGGGAAUGAAGGCAUUAAAGCAUUUAUCCAGAAAAGAAAACCUGAGUGGAAGCAGGAUUAGAUACGUACAAGUCAUGCUAUGGGAUAACCGUGCCGCAGUAAAUCUGCACAGCAGCUCCGUUUAAAAUUAUAUUAUUGCAUGAAAUAAAAUGCAUUUCCCCCAAGUAUUAAAAUAAUUCCAGUUGAAAUAUUCCUCACUGAAAAUGUGCUCUUUGUACCACAUAAUUUAAAAUCAUAUAACUUCAUGAGCCAACAAUGUCAGUUUUACUAAGUCUUAAAUGUGCAAUAGCUGUACAUUGUUUGGAUCAGAAGAUUGCUCUGAUACUACCUAAGAGUGCUGAAAUGCACACAAUUUUUGUUUUAGCACUAAUGACUUUUAAAAAGUUAAAAAGUCUAUUUACCCCUUUUCAAAGCUAAACAACAUCCAUAUAUUAAUAUAUUAAUAUUUAUAGAGUUUGAGGUUUUUUCAUUGAGUUACACUGAAAACAUUUGCAUUUAUAUAAUAAUAUGGUAAUGGUAGGCCAACUGGUAUGAAUUUAAUUAUUAAUAUUAUUUAUGAACAGUGUUUAUAUUAUAUUGGUUUUUCAGUUCUUUAAAAACAUUUUUUAAUUAACACUAUUAGACCAUAGUAUAUAUAUAAAUAUUUUAAUGGAAAAACAUAUUUCUCAAAGAAAUUUAAAAAAUUUUGAUGACAUGAUUAAAAGGGAUUUAAAAGUUUUAUGAUUUCAUGCAAGCAUUAGCCAUGUUAAUGCAAAAUCAAAAUUUAAAAAAAAUCACGGUAUAGUGUAAGUAGAGACAUACAAGUUCCUAGUAUCACCCUUAAUGAUAAGCUAUCACGGAAAGAACACUGCCUAAUUCUUCUCUAUAUUAAAAAAAAAAAAAGUUAACCAAAGAUAUUUCUUUCUUAAAAAAUGACACAAAAUUGUCACUAGCAAACAAAUUCUGCAUUGCAAUCUUUGGAAACCUACUGAACUUCUGUAAUUACUUGCUGGUGUGGGAAUUCACCACUUAUCAUCAAAAAUAGACAUGAACAAGUGUUUGAGUUUGAUGCAAAAACUAAACAAAUUUUGUCUGAUACAUCCCAACCUCUUCAUCAUAAACAGCUAAGAUCAGCUUGAUCAGGGCGAAUUCUUACCCUCAAAGUAAGGAACAAAAGAUAUAGAAAUUCGUUUGUUCCCCAAUUAAUCAGCCCCCCCCCCACCAAGAAAAUCGAAAUAAUCCCUCUUUAAAAUCAACAUUGUCAAUAAAUUAGGGAAGUUCUUGAGAAAUAUUGAUGUAUUAUGUUAAAGUUAAAUUGUUGUAGUUUAAAAAUGUUUGUCUUUGUAAUAUUUAUGUAGGUGCUGAAAAUGAAUAUCUAAAAUGUAAUUAAAAAAAAACAUUUCUUUGAAUCUUAUCUUAAUCAGGAAAACAUUGACAACAAAAUGCUAUUGAAAUGAAUUAAUUGUAAUUUUAAUUGUUUACUAAUUACUAAUUAAUAUAUAUUUUUUAUUAAAAUUAAAAGAAACCAACAUAAUUGUUACAUGCUUAAAAAAGUUUUUUACUAUGAAUGGUUGGUGUGCAACAGUUAAAACAAAUGAAACUUAAUGACCUAUCUGGUUAACAUCAUUCAGAUUUAUCAUAAUCAUAGCCUCUCCAAUGGCGUUUUAUCAUCUUUUUUUAAUGGAUGGACCAUAAUUUUUUUUUCCUUCACACCAUUAGUUCAAUCAAGAAUAAAUAAAAAUGAUCAAGUUAAUGAGGUAUAUUGUUUUAAUAUCUUCCCAGACACAUUUUUACUUAAUUGUAGUUGGCUUGAAUAGGCAUAUCUAUCAAUCUUGCAUUUCUAGUCAGAUCAAAAUGAAAAUCAUAGGAUGAGAUCUAGUUUUAGCUUUAGAAUCUGCGAAUAUGCGAACCCAAUUAAUUGGACCUUGGUCCAUGAUGAGCUGUUUUUGCAGCAAUCAUUGAAGAUAACCAUUCCAAUUUUCUUUUAUUGCAGCCCUUGCUUGAGACGCAUAUACUUGAGAUAAAAACACAAAAAUUUACAGAUUUAUUUUAAAAUUUGGUUUAAGUGAACCUGCAAGUUAAAAGGAUAUAUUUAAUCAAUGCAAGUACUGCAAAUAAUAAUUAAAUAAAACUUAUUUUUUCUGUUGGUCAAAGAUCAUAUUGAUAUAGUUUAAGAAUGCAUGUUUUCAUUUCUUAAAAUUUGAAAAAAAUAUUCCUCUUAAAUAUAUGCGUUGAAUUUGAAAUUGAAUUAUUUAACUUUUGCUAAACAAAAUGUUUUUCAUAUAGUCAUACAGAUGACUUUAGGCCAGGCCUGCACAACUCAAAAUGUAAUAGGCCUACUUUAUGAAAAACUUGUGUGACAGGGGCGAAAGCUAUUAUUAUUACUAAGGAUAAUAAAAUAAUAAAGAAUAUUCCGUUACUUAACAGGCCGCAUGUUGUGCAGGCCUGCUUUAAGCCAUAUCUUAAG